AUGGAUCACCUCAACAAAAUCCAUUCGGACAUUAGCAGCGCACUUUCAAAAAACCUACAAGCAAUAGUAGUCUCCCUUGAUAUCGAAAAGGCCUAUGACAUGGCUUGGGUAUACCGAGUCAUCGAAAUAUUAACAGAAUUGGGGCUCAACGGUCACAUAAUCCACUUUUUAAAAAAUUUUCUAACAAACAGAAAAAUCCAUGUACGAAUAGGAUCAACACUAUCACACCCACUGGAACUAAAAAAUGGGUUUCCACAAGGAUCAGUGCUAAGUACUACCCUCUUCCUGAUAGCAAUAAAUCCCCUAAUUUCACUAAUGCCGAAACCCAUCAAAACAAGGGCAUUCGCUGAUGACAUCUCCCUCAUAUGUACAGGCAAAAUCAAUACAAUCACCGAUAUUCUCCAAGAUGGGCUCAAUAAGUUAACUGAAUGCUGUAAACUAACAGGCUUCAAAUUUUCCUCCACCAAGUCGGAAUAUAUGGUAUUCUCGAGACUAAAACAAAAUCCAGAAACAAAUCUGUCGCUUGGAGAGAUUGAACUCCAAAAAACAACUAGACUGAAACUACUAGGAAUAACAUUUGACCCCAAACUUACAUGGAAACCACACGUACAAAAUUUGCAUGCCCAAUGUAAAAAACGGUUAAAUAUUUUAAAAGCCCUCGCAGCCAAUAAUCGGGGAGCCAGCAAAGAAAUACUAACCACUACAUACAAAGCAGUAAUCCGAUCUAAGAUGGACUAUGGAGCAACUAUAUACGGAUCAGCAGCAAAAAGCACGCUCAAACCACUAGACUCCAUCCAAACUACGGCCUUAAGAGUAACAAUUGGUGCAUUUCGCACUAGCCCAAGACUGAGUAUCCUUGCUGAAAGCGGUGAGCUACCACUACUUCUAAGAAGAACCACCCAAAUACUAAAAUACAUAGCCAACAGCCCAUGUUACAACAAAAACAACCCCUUCCACAACAACACGCCAUCUCCAAUACAGCCAGAAAACAACAAAUCUAAGAAGAAUUACCUACCCAUAAAUGACAGACUCAACAUCCUCAGCGAUCCAAUGUUCAUCAAAGUACCAGUCCACAAGCGCUCAAUACACCCGAUCCCACCAUGGGAGCUGACCGAACCACAAAUCGACCUUCAUGUGUACGACAACUCAUUCGGCAAAGAGCAUUCAAGCGAACAAUUAUACAAAGACCUUACGUAUGAGAUGUACAGUAAAUAUAAUGACUACAUUAAAGUAUUCACUGACGGAUCAGUCAAAGGCGGAAAAAAAGGUUGUGCGAUCAUUCUCAAUGAUGACACAUACAUGUACCAACUACCAGAGUUCACCACCAUAUUCUCAUGCGAGGUAAUAGCAAUUGACAAGGCAAUCGAUAUUAUAACGCAGGAAAAUAUACAUAGAGCCAUAAUCCUAACUGACUCCAAAUCAGCACUAGAAGCCAUAGCCAACACCACCAGCAAAGACCCCAGAGUCAAAAUUAUUCAAAGCAAACUCCAUCAAAACAACAUAAACAGGUUCCAUACAGUGCUAGCAUGGGUACCUUCACACCAAGGACUGCAAGGUAACGAAGAAGCAGACCAAGCAGCAAAAACAGCACUAACAGAAGGUAUUAAAGUAACAGACAUAGCAGCUACACCUGAUGAAUUUAAAAAUCUGGUAAACACAUAUAUUUGGGCACAAUGGAACGGCAUAUGGAUGAACACAAAAUCAUUAUUACACCAAAUAAGACAAAAUGUAUGGGAACCAUCCCCAACAUCAAACAACCGAAGAACACAAUACAUCCGUUUAGAAACCGGAGACAUGCUGAUUACGCUCUCAAAGAAGAGUAUUGACAAAGGGCAAGCCUUGCGAAAGGCCAUCACGGGUAUUCUUCAAAAAGAGGCCGAAGUAAUGUGCAAAAGACCGCAGGAGACCAUCGAGAUCCGAGACAUUGAUGAUGACACGACGAAGGAGGACAUUCAGAAUGCGUUGAAAACGGAAAUCGGAGAAACUUGCGAAAUACCACUAAAGGCUAUCAAGAUCCGUAAGGCCUACAGAGGUACGCAAACGGCUACAGUGACACUACCAGCAGCUUCAGCACAACAACUACCGGAAGAAAACGGCAAAAUAAGGAUUGGCUGGGUCAACUGUCAAAUAAGAGCAACAAAGAGACCGAUACAUUGCUUCAAAUGCUGGCACUUUGGAUCACAGUGCAAAAGUGAAAUCGACUGA